ACCAGCAAAACAUAAAGGCGCGAAUGUUUGCUUGACAGCAGCAGUGUGAAAUUUGAUUUGUGAAUAACAACAAAACACCGGGAGCAGAAAAUGAGCGAAAUAUCUCGACUAAAAACACAAAUAACUACACGGUUUUCGCUCGGCGGGUUCCAAAUACGAAGUGAAGCAAGCACGUUCCUUGCCCAACAGCUGCUUCCGCUUGAUGAGACGGAACGCAAGAAAUGGAUUACGAACGUCGCAAACCAUGUUCAGGGCCAGUGCUUGAGCCUGCCGGUGGUUGAAAAACAGCAUAUCGAACUGGCUAUUAAAGAGGCCAACAACACGGGCUUGGAUGAUACGGAGACGAUAUUUCGUGUCAUAAGCGCCUUCGAUGUGCCUGCGUUCGUUUAUUGUGAAGAGAAAAAAAAGUUCCUGCCAGACACGAGCAAGAAAAGCUUAUUGGCGAUACCGGAUGCGAAAUCGCACUACAUCCGCGAACGAUACUGGCUGCUGUGGCAAAGGACAUGCCGCCACGAAUCUUUUUCCCAGCGGAUGGCACCGGGUGCGGCUGAAAUGGGCAAGAAAAGCAGAUUGAUUCUGCGCAAAGUCGAAAACAUUCUCUCAACGUCCAAGAUGAACGACGUCGUCCUGCUGGGGCUUCUGACGCAGCUUACGGAAGGUCGCUACUACCUGGAAGAUCCCACCGGGUCCAUUCCGAUCGAUAUUAGCACGGCCCGCUUCUCGUCCGGUUUGGUUUGUGAGGGCUGUUUUCUCCUUGCGUACGGCAAAUAUCGGGACGGUGUACUGAAAGUCGAUGAGAUUGGUUUCCCGUUCCCCGAGCCGGCCGCUAAUAGUAGAGCUUUUUUUGGAUCUGUCAACAGUUGGGGAGGUGCUUCGAAGACGUUGCUAAAGUACUCACGGAAUUUGGGCGAACUGGAGAAAGCUAACCCUGAGCACAGCAUUGUCUUUUUGUCCGACUGUUGGUUAGAUAGUCCGGUGGUAAUGGAAAAGCUGAAUCUAUUGCUGCGAGGCUACGAUGAAUUUCCACCCGUAGCAAUAGUUCUGAUGGGACCGUUCGCAAAGGCGAACGAAAAUGUGUACGCGCUGAAAAGCCUUUUUCAAAAGCUGGGUGAAAUUUUGUCCGAGUGUGAGAAGCUCAAAGUACAGACCGAUUUGGUUAUAGUACCUUCCAUCGACGAUCCGGCUGCAGCGAACAUUUUGCCCCGGCCACCGAUACCGGAUACAUUAACGGCGGAGCUAAAGAAACGAUACCCCAGAACUAUUCUAACGACCAACCCUUGUCGUUUGCAAUACUGCACGCAACAGAUCGUGGUGUGUCGGGCCGACUUAGUAACGAAACUAUGCCGAAAUACGAUACAUUUUCCCAAGGAAGGACUGCUGGAAACGCAUUUUGCCCGGACACUUAUUGAUCAGAGCACCCUAGCACCGCUUACUCCCAUUGCUUUCCCAACACACUGGAACUAUGAUGCGGCUCUGUCUCUCUACCCAUUGCCGGAUCUGAUCGUUAUCGGUGAUCCAUGCCAAGGGUUUCACACUACUGAGCAGGACUGUACGGUGAUGAACGUAGGGUCCUUUCCGAAGUCAAAGUUUGCAUUCAAAGUGUACUAUCCUUCUAGCAAAAUUGUCGAAGAUUCACAAAUACCUGAUGAAGAAUAAACGUAAGGUAAUCGUUUUGAAUAACAUCGUAGUGGAAAGGC